GCGCAACCAAUAUCUGGUGGCAGUAUAUAACUCCUAAUACUCAGCGUCCGGCUUGGGCAUUGCGAGGCACGCUAUUCGCGCUUCCUUCAUCUCACAAGCACGCGAUGGGCACCGCAGAUUUUCUAUCGUGUUUCGGCCUCUUAGCCGUGACAAGAAUUGCGUAUGGUUACACGCUGCUGGAGUCGACGCAAAUUGUUGAAGGAAAAUGCAUGCACGAAGGAAAGCUGAUGGAUCAUGACGAAAUCAUCAGAAAGGACGACCCCUGUGUGUCGUACCGUUGCGACGCUCACCGGAAGACGAUGCUGGUUGACCUCUGUCAUUACGGCCUCUACCAGAAGGCGCCCCCUGGUUGCGUUCUGCGCAAGCGAAGCGGUGAUUUUCCUGCCUGCUGCCCGUGGCCCGACUGUAGCGCUGCCGAAAGCAUCGCGGGACGCGAAACCGACUCAUUCUCUGCAAACAGAACGAUUACGGACGAGCCACUGACAGAUGUUUCCGACCUCAUCAUCCCCGCCAGCCAGCUCGACACUGACAAGCAAGACUCAAAUGAAACGCCUCCGAAAGCUUCUGAUUCGUCGCUUGACGACCUGAGCUCUACAACUGCAAAUGCACGCAGUGUAUCCGGACAUACGGAAGACUCAGACUUUGACACCGUGACAACUCCGGCUGUAUCAGCAUCCUAAAAUUGUCUUGAAAAGUGCUGGUAGUGCAUCCAUUUUUUGCACUUUAAAUUGUAACAUAUCUGAGUCGGCUUGUUUGCUGUACUUUUAUCAAAUUUUAUUAGAUAAACUUCAGGUAAAUAAUUCCAACUUAAAAACCAUCAACAUGGCCGGCAUCUCUGCCAAUAUCGGUUUGGAACUUGCGUAGUUUAAUUUAGGAAUUAUGCUCUUCUUUCAAUUCCAAACCGCACAAUUUUUUUCUGUUAUUAUUCCUACUCAACUAAAAGCCACACUUUUUCAUUCUUUGCUCAAAAGAGGGCGCGUAAGAAAGCAAGAAAAGUAUAGGCUAUCUCCAUUAUCCUAGCUUCAUCGAUAUUUUAGAAAAAAGUUGGAAGGCAAGGUGAUUGAACCUCAAAACGAUGUCGAUUGAAGACAGGCUUCUUGAGCGACAUGGGUAGGAGUGCGCCACUUUACCGCUUUGCGCCUGGCGUGAGAGAAGUAGGAGGAGCGUGGGGCCACUGAAAUCAGCCCGGCACUGUUUUUUAUAUCAGCCCACAUUUGCAGAGUGCGCAUACUCACGAGAGCAGGUCGGAGUGGCCGCGUGCUGCUCUGUAUCACGUCAACCCUCCCGAGGAGAAUAGAAUGGGCGCGCGUCUGGGUGCUUAAUAUUUCACAGGACUAUCUUCAAUAUCAGGCAUCACUUUCAGACCGCAAAUACACAAACAAAUGGUCCACAACUUUAAACUGCACUGGAACGGCAAAAUUUGUUUAUUGAUAUAUCUUCGAUACCGGCCCGUAACUCCAGAUUGCAUAAUCUCCGGAAUCGGCCCGUGAAGACAACAUACCGUAAAGAAAAAGUAGGAUAAACUUGUUACGUAAAACAUGGUCUCUAAUGUACCCAUUAACUAUUACGAGUAACUUCUUAAAUGGGCCUAUUGUUUUAUUGGAUCGAUAUACUGUUCUGCUGGGUAGAAUAACGCAGGGUUCUUCCGAGAACGUUUUCUGUUUUAAACACUUCCUUGGAACAUAUUAUGACUUUCUUAUCAUUACUUCUUGAUAUCCACAGAUCAUUUCAACGUGGCAAUUGUGCACUGUUAUAGCUCAAAACAUUUUACUACUUUUCCACGGUUCUUCCUUUGUCUCCUCAAGGUCUUCUUAAAGGAAAGACGUCAGUAUGUUUUGUUAUCACAGUUUCAAUGUGUCUUUUCGGAAAUCAAGUCUGGCAGUCCCCAAGCGUCAACAUUAAACCUUAUUUUUAUUUACCAUAUACGGUAUUAACCUUUCAGUAGUAGUACCUGUUUCUGAUAGCAUCACUGCUUUUUUAUACACUAAUGACACCAUCCUUGUAUCCAGAGCACCCUACGGUUCAGAUGCAAUAUCGAUGCUUCAAGUCGGGACAUGCCGGUCUAUGGAUUGGUUCGUCGGAAUCGUCAUCGGUGUAAGCACAUCAAAAACGCACUUUAUAAGUUUUUUUUUAUAAUUCUUCAAGGAAAGUUUACUCAAACACUGGUUUCAUUACACACGUCCAUCUGUUCUGCUCGCAAUUGUAACCCCUAUCCUUUCACAUCCUUUGUCGAGUAUGUUGACAUAGGCUUCGAUAGCGAUAUUACUGGGAACUGGCAUCUCGAAUCCGUUUACCGUAAAAAUCGAUGCAUGUCGUAUACGCGUUCCCAUAUUCUCUGCUUCAUGCCUUGCUACGUGCGCUAAGCGAAUGGGCAAGCUUUUUCUUGCAGUGUGUGGCGGUAUAUAAUUACACUUUACGGGCAUUGUUCUGUGCGCUCACAAGAGCGCGCAAUUUCAAUUUUUCGCUCUUUUACACUACGGAACAGACAACUUUAGCCUUGGAGAAAGCAACGUAUUCCAAGCAUCAGCUCCACCUGGCUUCAGAAACCUAUUACUCAAAACUGUCGUUCUCAAAGAUUUUCGGCACAGGCCUAACAGAAUUCCGUUUAUGUUUCCCGCUGUUUAUACCUAAAAAACGCAACUGUAUUUCUCACCGACUUACAAAAUAUGGGGUAAGAACGUGUUAUUACUACAUUCCGUGCGAUCUGAACACUGUACCACCACGCGUGCUUCACUGGAGAAAACAGCGCAAGAAAGUGGACAGGCAGAAGUAAACGAAUGAGUCGCUCAGUGUUACCCUCAAACAAUAAACACAAAUAAAGUAAAAUUAGAAACAUCUAUGUUACUUUGAUAAAUUUUGUGUUCACGGCCUUCAAACUGCGCUAAUAAAUUGGCAAUUUUUAUCAAAUAAUUUUUAGAAUUCUUUAUUUGCUUUUUUCUUGCCCUGCAAACUCAUUUAAUAAAAUUGACACUUUUCUACACUCCCAGCAAAAAGCACUCGAAUCUUGUCAAGUUCCAGAAUGAUGUCAAGUUUCAGAACUCUUCAAAUAGAAUAAUUGUAUCGUGGAUUCAUUACGAGUAUGGCAGUGCAAAGAACGAUGAGAAUACAGAAAUUGACAGAAUGAGUUCUUCCUUGUCCUCAUGCUUUUUUUUUGUUUGCGCUGCCAUGCUCAAACUUAAUCAUUGCCAACAAUGCAGUCCGGUUGUCCGUUCAAUUGUCAUAGAAGCCUUGUGGCAUCGACUAUUUCUUUCUGUAUUUUUUUACUUCUUCCGAAACGUUUGUUUCAGUCUUCAUAAUUCUUCCACAUAUCCACUCCUGUCCAUGAAAGCAGACACUACAAUUUGGGCUCACUAUGCCCUUUCUUUCAUUUAUCUGUUAGCACAUUACACGAUCGUGUGCUACUUCUUUUGUAUCCACAGCAGUUUGUUGGUGCCUUCCAUACCCUGACAGCCAAGCUCAGUGAGGCUUUGGCAGGUCUGAUUCUUGUACCUUUUUCAUUGAUGCGUUCAAUAAAAUGGAUUCUUGUUGUCGC